AUGGAGAAUGAUAUGGAACAACGAAAUGCGCCCCUAUCGGCCAGUUUCAAUCUGAGAAUAGCAUCCAUUUCAAAGCACUUAUGUCAGGCCUGCUCCACGUGCCCAGAAUUUUCCAGCAAUCACAAGACGCGGAAGUUCCGCCUGUUCAGACCGACAGAUGCGCUGCCUGAACUUUACAAAGAUCCAGAUCACAUUGCAUCUGUUGACAUAUGUGCGCAUUAUGUAGCAGUCUCCUAUUGCUGGCCAACUCUUCAGCAAGCCGACGACACUCCACGGAUAUCGGGGUCAACGUAUCAGAUUCGUGAGCUUGAUGGACCCGUGCGAAAGGCUCGAGCACUCGAUGAUGUUCUCGAUAGGGCUGUGGAUGUAGCAAACUCAUGUGGCCUUCGCAUGAUAUGGAUCUAUCAAGAGUGUCUUCCCCAGCCAGGAUGCGGCAGUCCUGACAGCGAGAAGCACGAACAACUCGGUAUUCAGGCCAUGGAUAUCGUCUAUUACCGCGCUAUCGUUACCGCAGGUCUUCAUGACAUUGCUAUCACUAACCCUUUACAGAUAUCUGCCAUUUCAGCUAUUGCAGGCAUGUACGAGGCGAGAUUGCAGAACGCAGUAACAGCCGAAACUAUUAACUACACCCUAGAUUUCCUUAAAUUACUGUUACGUGAUCGUUGGUACACACGAGCUUGGGUCGCCCAAGAGGCACUGAGCACAGGACCGGGCUUGAUGAUCGUGCUUCGACGGGACCGAAAACGGUGUCUCACCCCUAGGUACACACUGGACAAUAGCUCGCGGAAAAUGGCAUCAGAAGUCAUAUGCCUCCCUGUCAACCAAGUGCGGGACAUCAUAGGCAGUCUCAAAGCUAUGCUGCAGCAAAAUUUCUUUUUCAACGGACAGACACUACGAAGAGACGAAUGGCGACCUCAGGAACUCUUACGAGGAGCCGGUUGGGUGCUGGAGGCGGCAGAACAACUGCAUCCGCGGCUAGCAAGACAAAAUUCUCCGCACGGCAUCAUCCAGACCAUAGGAAGCUACAACUACGGAACUCGCUGGACGGUAGAUGCUGCAGGUGCCUUGGCGAUGCUGAAAACACGCGACUGCAGAGACCAAGAGGAUCUUAUCGCUAUAGUCGCGAACAUAUAUUGCAUUGAUAUGAGAUUAGACACUCGGGCUAUUCGUGAUCACGGUUCGCACCGUGAGGCAAUACUAGCCCUAGCCCUCAAAAAUGGCGAUCUGUCGCUCUUGGUUCCCGAUGCAUACGGGAAUUCUAGCAGUGACUUCAUCGAUCCGAGCCGGAACGGCUGUUGGCCGUCCCCUUUCGAUCGAGUUGCCAUGGAGAUCGACCAUCUGACCGUAAGGAACUUCAACCUGCCCAAACUGCUAGUGCCCGUAAAUUUUACAGAGGCUGGAGUUUCCUUGACCUCUUACGUGUGGGAGGUCGACGAUCAGCUGGAUCUGUACCCCAUCAAAUACCAAUACGAGCAUAUCUGGGAAGAGAUGAAAUGUUUGAAUCUCGUCAUAGACAGGCUAGAAAAAGAGACCCCGGAAGAGUUCAUCGCGCGAAGAAACGCGACAGGAGCCCAUUUUGGCAGGCAGGUUGUCUUGCAUCAAGCAAAGGAGGACUUGUUUCUGGCUGACGAACUUCCGCAAGGAUCCCGAGCAUGGGGUGAUAUCGACACUGCUGGCAUUCGGGUUACGCAGUACGUGUCCGCUCAUCGUAUCGAAGAACUCCCUGAAAUGCAGCGCAUAGUAUCUGAGAUUGUCUUUGCCAUAUUGCGCUUCCUGUACAAUAUGGGCGAGUCAGACUCUCGAGCCUGCGGGCUUGCCAAUAGCAUAUGGCAAUCGUUACGCGUCGACGUCGUCAAUGGCCGAGACGAUCUACUAGAUGUCGUAAGCGAAGAGCUAUUAGAGUACCUAGAAGUCAUAGCAGCUCCUUUCAAGACAUUGAAGCUUGAUGUAGACCGCAAUGGGCAAUACAGCCAACUUUGGUUCGUCGAUAGGAUAAUGCGACACGGAAAGGUCUGGAUCGGGCGCUAUAAGAAGUGCCCAUCAUUUAAGCCACUCGGAGGAAACAUGCGAAGAGCGGAGUCUUCAACAGAUACAAAGGGCAAACAACCGAUGGCUAAGGCGCAGCACGCGAAAGAAGGAAGUUCAAAUCACGAGCGCCUUUCAACGUCAAUCUUACGAAGGCAACUAAGAAGGACAAUGUACGCAAACUUGAUAUCGUCACGAAUGCCUGGUGCCUUGCAAGAAGCCCCGCAGGUGACCGCGGGGACGAUGAGCACCUUCGCAGAAGUGAUGACCACAGGAAUUUGGGAGGCAGCAGCCGAAGAAGCACGCGUCAGCAACCUAGUGUCGGCAUUCGACGUAGAGGGCCCCUGCUUGGUAAUGACCCCUUAUAAUGCCGAUUGGGAAAUGCUACCACGGCCGGCGCUCAGGAGUAAAAGUGUGUGUUGGGUGAUUGAACUCGCGGGGUCAGAUGGCGAGCCGAUGGACACGAUAACUAAUUCGCCCGAUACUAGCGGAGAUAUUGCUGGUCAACCAGAGUGGGCUUCGACUUCAAAAUGCGCUGAAAAGACCAGAGACAAGAAGACCACUGACUGGAACAAGCAAGUUUACAGAGUUACCCGAAAGGUAAAGGGCUUGUGGCCGCUUAUGGAUCCUCCUAUAAUUACCUGA